GCGUUUGUGUCUGAUCGGACGUAUAUGUAUAGCCAUGGUGUAAGCAACAGAGGUCACCAGCGUCUGACUUGUCUUCUGUCGAUCGCCCGUGAUCCACCAGCCUCUGGAAGUGGUGUUCCGGCUUGCUCCAGCAUUUCACCAGCAUUACCAGUCUAUCACCAGCCAGUAAUCCGCGAGCCACCAAUGUACACCCGUCACGCACUAACCUCGGCGCUAUUUCAUCUCGUCUCAUUCGUCUACUCGGCCCCGUCUGUUUCUUCUGAGCUCCCAGUGCUCGCCCUUCUGCCAUCAUGAUGACACCUAUAAGCUCUCAAUGCUACCGCACGUCUCAAGGUAUCUCUUCCUAUCGGUUCCACAUGCCGCUUGACUUCUCUGCGGCAUGAUUAAUGCUCAGACACGUUCCGCUCGAAUGCAUCAUUGGUCCUCGCCAAGAGCCCCAUCAUCGGCAACCGCCGAUGCUCUUUGCUGCAGGGCCCUACUCGGCGACAAG